AUGGAUCAAUUGCUCGAUGUGGAAACGCUGAAGAAGCUGUCGCCUGAACAGCAAGAGCAAGUGAUCUCCGGAGUCAAACAGCAGGCUGCCCUCGCCAACGCGCAGAAUCUUGUCACAGAUAUUUCGGAAAAGUGCACGAACAAAUGCAUCACAGCCCCAGGAAGUUCGUUAGCAAGCGGAGAGAAACAAUGCCUUCAGAGGUGCAUGGACCGUUUCAUGGAAUCGUGGAAUCUUGUCUCACAAACUCUCCAAAAGCGUCUUCAGGAAGAAAUGGCAUCAUCAGGUGGAAUGGGCGGUGGAUUCGGUCAAGGACCAUCUUUCUCGUGA